GGGCGUUCUCGUUCAUGUGCGCCCUGAGGAUGGAUGGCAUCGGCAGCUGGAGCCGCGUGUUCGACUUCUCCCUCGUAGCCGACGAGGACAGCAUCACGGCCGGGGCCGCCGGGCUGACGCGCGACCUGCAUUUCACAGUCUUCCGGGGGAAGAAGCCGUUCAGCGUGACCGUGAGCAAUUUCUUCGAGCUCGGAGAAAAGGUUACCAUGCUGUGCACGGUCUCGCCCUCGGGGCACAUGCGGGUCUUCAAGGACGGUGCGCUCGUAGGGGAGAACGCAGAGGGCAUGGCCCCUCUGCGACAGGACAGGCCGCGCAUGAUCGUGGGCGGCCACUACAUGUACACCGACCAGGCCUUCCACGGAAGCCUUAGAAACGUGAAGAUGUGGAACCUAGAGUUGGAGUGGCCAAUGCUGGGGAAUGCCGGAUCAUCGCUCGUGCCGAAGGAGGGCGGGUGGUUUCCCGACGACGUUGAUACCGUGCUCCUCCCCACACGCAAAGGCAAGGAUGUGUCGAUCGUGGGCCUCGUCGAGUCCUUCGAUGGCGAGUCCACCGAUGCCGACUCCCUCGAUGGCGAGUCCCUCGUUCCCGACACUGGUGGAGUGUUCAGUUGUCCGAGCCCCAGCAGGGCAGGCAUGCGUUCGCGUACGUAAGCGCCUUCGCCCUGCUCCGACGCAUCUGGAAAGAGAGAGUGAGAGCCAGCAGCGGGGACAGUCGCAUUGCGCGCGUGCUUGCCGCCUGCGCCAUGUUUUGAGCCGCAUGCUAGCGUUGGGGGUGUCCCGAAGCUUCAUCUCACGCGGUUUAUUCCACUGCCUUUUCAGGGCAGUGUGAGGAGGUGUUUGACGCGCCGUCUCCACAGGCGGCCGCCUCCGUGCAUCUUCUGGAUCCUCGGGGUCGCACGUGUCCUGAAUUAUGCGUACCCGACUGGAUCAAUCGGCUCGCUUUUUUCCAUCGACCCGGAUGGGGCAGACAUUUAUUAGAGUGGCCCGUGGUCGCGAAGGCACAGCCUGGAUGCCGCCACACACGUAUUGGGCAGGCACGGUCGUGCCUUUUUUCCCCGAAAGGGCGGGGCCCCAGGGUUCUCUUUUAGCUGUUUACCCGUGGUUUCGACGGCUCUAGGACCGGCGAAAUUAUUUGCGAUAACGAGGUCUUUCAGGGACGGC